AUGUCAACUCAUCAAGUACAAAAUUUAGCCUCACUGGUAUCCACUGUCACAGCCCUGGAUGGAACCGCCGCAGUUUUUCCUGCUUGGAGAUCUCGCAUCAAGGAUGUUUUAAGUAUGCAAAACACACUCGGCAUUGUGAACGGAUCUCUUUCAAGGCCCAAGGAAGACUCCAAAUCAGACAGUUUGGUCGCACGAUCAACCGACUACUUGAAAGGUUACAAUCCCAAGGAGGUCAUUGCCGAUUGGGAUGCCCUCUCUGAACUGGCUUGCUCUACCAUUUGUCUAACGCUCUCGUGCCAGCUUCUCGUCUCUUUACAACUAUUGUUAACACUUAUGAAAAGAACACAAGAGCUCAAAGAAUUUGUCUUGAAGAAGCAUUAUGGGAAUCCAAACACUACCCAAAUACACCAAUUGCUCUGGAUUGGUCAUGUCGGGGUCGCGGCGGAUGAAUUACUGACAAUCAACAAAUUGCCGACGGAUCGACAGAUUGCCGAUCACCUUGUUGCUGGAUUAGACAGCUCAUGGUCCGCUGUCAAGGACUUGACAACCAUCCGCAUCCGCAUCCGAACCCGCUGGCGGGUAUCCGUCGUUCCACAGCGGGUAUCCUCGGAUACCCGCCCUUUAAACGGCCAGCCGGACAUCCCCCCUUCUGGCCUCGGGUAUCCUUUGGGAUACCCGGAUACCCGCCCAAAUUUCUGGGAAAAGGGCACAUCCGAACCCCAAUCUGUAUCCCCUGGCGGGUAUCCGCCAGGGGAUAGCGGGUAUCUGCAACGGAUACCCCGCGACCAUCUGCAGCUCUACAAGAUCUGUCUUCCACCUGGGCACAUUAAGACAGCUCUAUUAACUACAAUUCCAUUAAAUCUUCUUCAGAAAUGUGGCAUUUCUGUUGAAGACAUUGGUUUUUUUUACAUUUUGAAACAUAGGUAG